AUGGCAAAGGUGGUGACACCAGCCGAGUGGCACAGGCCUGUGUGGGAGGCUGGGGUUCCUGCCCCCAACCUGUGUGCCCAGGUGCUGCGCCUAAGGGCGGGGUCCUCCGGUCCUCGAGGGGCCGGGGUCCGGCAGAGGGUUACAGAGCCACGUGACAAUGACCACGUGGGCCAAGGGAGUUUCCCAGGUGGCAAGUGUGAGCCCGCUGACCAGGAUGUGGUGCACACAGCCCUGAGGGAGACCCAGGAAGAGCUGGGCCUGACUGUGCCUGAGGACCGUGUGUGGGGCGCCCUGCAGCCCGUGUAUGACCAGGCAAAGAACACCGUGGUGCCAGUGCUUGCCGGCGUGGGCCCACUCGACCCCCAGAGACUCAAGCCCAACCCAGAGGAGGUGGAGGAAGUGUUUGCACUGCCCCUGGCCCACCUGCUGCAGGCGCAGAACCAAGGCUACACCCACUUCUGCCGGGGUGGCCACUUCCGCUACACAAUGCCUGUCUUCCUUCACGGGCCACACCGUGUCUGGGGGCUCACAGCUAUCAUCACUGAGUUCACCCUGCAGUUGUUGGCACCUGGUGCCUACCAGCCCCGCCUGGAUUUUCCUGGGUGGCGCAGAGGCUAAAGACCGGAUCUUAAGCAGCCCUGCCUUCACCCUGCCAGGCUAGCUCCACUUCAGGACUGAAUAAAGAGCCUUUAGUGAC